UAAUAUACGAGUAAAUACGGAAAUUACAGGAAAAACCAGUAUAAAACAUUAAAAACAACUUUGAAAAUUAAUAUAUUUGUUAUUUAUGUUUUUCUAUACAUAUAUGAAUUCUGUAUCCAGACCUGCGAUAACUUUUUUUGCCGCUGGGCCUAAUCCAAUUAAUAGCAAGUCCUUAUUAUAGAAUGUAUGCGAAGAAGAUGAAUAAUCUAUUAUUGAUUUUCCUGGUGAUUACUUUAAAAAGUUCUCUACCAAGUUAUGUAUACGAGACAAAAUAUUUCACAGUGCCGGUUGACCAUUUUAGUUUUACUAAAAAUGAUACAUUUAAGAUGAAAUAUCUGAUAAAUGAUUCCUACUGGGAUUCGACCAAUAUUUUUUUACACCGGUCACGAAGAGGUGAUUGAAAUGUUUUGCAAUAGCUCAGGUUUCAUGUGGGAGAUUGCUGAAGAGUUUAAAGCGCUUCUGGUAUUCGCCGAGCACAGGUACUACGGUGACUCUUUGCCGUAUGGGAAUGCUUCGUUCGACGACAAGCAGCAUAUAGGUUACUUAACGUCGCGACAAGCACUUGCCGACUACGUGGAUUUGAUUGAUUACUUAAAACCAAAACCACUUGACAAACCACCCUCGAUUGAUUUUGGCGAGUACGAUACUCAAACGGUGGACUGUGCGGCCACAAGCUCCAAUCCGGUUAUCGUUUUCGGCGGAUCGUAUGGGGGUAUACUGGCCGCUUGGUUAAGGAUGAAGUAUCCCGCUUCCGCCGAAGGGGCUAUUGCUUCGUCAGCUCCGAUAUGGCUCAUUGAAGGAAUGACACCUUGCAAUGCAUUCUACAGAGUAAUCUCAUCUGUCUAUAUGACAACCAGCAAAGAGUGUGGUCAAACAAUUCGAUCUUCGUGGAAAGCCAUCGAUGACGUCACUGCAACAGAUGAAGGUAAAGAAUGGUUAUCAAAUCAAUGGCAACUUUGUUGGCCUUUAAAAAAUUCUACCGACGUUUCAAACCUAAAAAAAUGGACUAAAAGAGCAUAUGAAAAUAUGGCUAUGGCGAAUUAUCCGUAUCCUGCUCAAUUUUUGGUGCCAUUGCCAGGAAAUCCUGUUAAGGAAUUUUGUAAGCCAUUAACAAAUUCUCAUAGCGACUGUUAUACACUUUUAUCAUCGGUCUUCGAGGGUUUGAAUGUGUUUUUUAACUAUACCGGUUCUUCCCAAUGCCUUGAUGUUCGUGUUACGGAUAAACCUAGUAGAAAAGCAUAA